AUGGGAAAGAAUAAACGAUCAGGGAAUCGAAAAGACCGACGCAAUGCAAAGAAUACGGAAAUGAGAGCGCCCGAUGCAAAUUUGAGCGUGUUUGCCAUUUCAGCGCCACAGUCAAAGCCAAAGCGAAGCUCUAGUCCGAAAAUUAAAUAUUUAAGGACUGAUCCUUCCAUGGUGAAAGGACCAAUGCUCGACUUUGAAGAGGAUUUUCCAAAGUCCAUGAAAUUAACUUUUCCACCAUCGUCACCUUCAGCUGCGUCGACGGCGUCGACAACAUCCUCUUUUAAUUCGUUGUCGUUUCCGACUGUGGAUCCGCUUGUGAAUUGUGCCCGAGCUAUGUUUCAAGAUUGCAUUCGAAAUCGUCAGUUAGGACCAGGCAAUGCUCGAAAGCGCUUUAUUGACGAUGAAGACACAAUGGAAAGCAAAUCGUACGGAUGGCAUUGCGAUGCUAUUUCCAAGCGCAAAGAUCACGAAAGUAUGAGUCCUAGGUCAAGUAGUAGCAGCGAUGAUGAGCUUAGUCAAUUGUCCUCGAUGAAUCAUUCAUUCAGUGCCGAGAAACCAGAUCGGGACUGCAAUAGUAAAUUGGCCAAAGAAGAAAUGUACCGUCAGAUUUUAGUUGGUGAUUACGAUCUCAGCAGCAGCAGUCCAGAAUUUCAAUGCUUGAGUCCUAUGGUCGAAGAAAAAGGCCUGCCCAUUGAGGUUCGAUAUCAGCUCCCGUUGGCUCUUGGCACAGCCAAUGAGACCAGCAAAGAGUGCACAAUAUGUCAGCUUCGUUAUGGAAUCGGCGAUCAUAUCGUAACGCUCCCUUGUCAACACUUUUUCCAUGCCUGCUGUGUGGAUAAGUGGCUGUGGAAUCACACAUCGUGUCCACUAUGCCGGACAGAAGUCAUUCUUGAUCAAGAGACGGAGCCUCAUUGCACGAAGCAUAAUUUUACUGAAUGCUCUCCGGUUGACCAAGAGCGUAUUCGACGCCAAUUGCGUUCAUCCUCCCAGCACGCAGGCUUUCGUCCCGUCGUUCCAGUUGAAAUUGACCAGCUUGAUCUGGAAGUGUCUUCCAUGACACUUGAUGAAGAUUUAGACGUUGAAGACGAACCCAGCUAUCUCAUCUGUCCCACGCCGCUUCUCGCUACAAACGCUUUGGAUGACCACCAAUUUGGCAAUUGA